AUGCGGUGGAGGUGGAGAACCUCGGUGGAUUUUAUUCCUGUGACAAGCCCGCUUUCCUACCAAAUCUCAUGCCAGCUGGUGACGCGAGGUUACCUUGGGCAUGGGUGCAGCCCACGCAGCCGCAUGGCCCCACACCGUCCCACCCUCCCGCCCCCAGCCCACCAGCACCCCAACGCGCCUGCCGCCGAGGGCCCACACGGCCCCCCCAGCCCCCUAAGCCCUCCACACCACCCCGCCCCGCCCUACAACACCCCACCCCCCACCCUCCAUACCGCCCUGCCUCACAGCGCCCCUCACCUCCACUCGCCAGUCCCCACCCGCCGCUUCUCCUGCCACCUGAAAGGCUGGACUCCCGGUACUUCCCAAGAGACAAGAGGCGGACAAGAUGUCCUGACCCACUCAUGGCCAAGGACACCAGUGGAAAUGGCCUUCUUCCUCUCAGUACAGACUGUGCCAUGCAGGCCAGGAAAAUCCAAGAAAAUGUGGAUGGAACAGACAGGUUCCUAGUAAAAUAAUAAAGCUGAGCCAAAGUAGAAAACUUGAAUUAACUAAUUGCCAAAAAAAAGAGAUUAGAGAGGUGAUUAAAAAGCUACGGUUAAGAAAGCUCCAGAUGGCUUCACAGCUGAGCUCUCACCAACCUUUAGAGAUCACAUAAUUUGAAAGUUAAUUACGAUACUUCAAGCCACAGAAAAAGAUUAAAACCUCAAUUCAUGUUA